CAAAUUGCAAACAUUCUUACAAAACCUCUUUCUGCUGCUCAAUUUACUCUUUUUUGAUCAAGCCUUACUCUCACAAUGGUGCCGCUUGAAUCGCGGGGAUAUUAAGGGAGUAGCAUCACCACUCAGUAAAUCAAAAGCAUAUUCCAGAAACUUGGAGAAUAAUUCCUCAUAAUAUUCUUGUUAUGAAAAAUGAUGACUUGGCUAUUAGGUGUCGUGAGAUUAGUCGCUAAGACACUGUAUUCUGUUAUGAAGUUAACUACUGUACAGAGGUCAUUGCAUUCCAAAAUCAUCAUAUUCAAUACACGGUUUUCAUUGAAACCUUUUUACAUACACCUGUGUUGCUUGAGCUUUAUUACCUUUAACCUUUUUACGUGCGUGUGUGCGUGUGUGCUUGUCCUUCGUUUCUGAAGAUUCGGUAAUCCAGAGAGAAAUCAUGUCGAACUCAGGGCAACUGAACAAUUUGAGUCUCGCGUCGCGUAUCGGUGGGAAGUUGGAGAAGAAAGACGUACUCUUGGCUGUUGAAAAGUAUGAGAAGUAUCACGCCGCUUAUGAAGGUGAAGAAGAAGACAGAAAAGCUAACUAUACUGACUUGGUUAAUAAAUACUACGAUCUUGCCACCAGCUUUUAUGAGUUUGGCUGGGGGGAUUCAUUCCAUAAUGCACCCAGAUGGAAAGGGGAGACCAUUCGAGAGAGCAUCAAGCGACAUCAGCACUUUCUUGCUUUACAACUAGGCCUGAAACCUGGGCAGAAGGUGUUGGACGUUGGCUGUGGAAUCGGUGGACCUCUGAGGGAAAUUUCUAGAUUCACCUUAACAUCAGUGACGGGGGUGAACAACAAUGAAUACCAGAUAUCGAGGGGAAAGGAACUGAACCGCGCUGCUGGAGUGGAAAAAAACUGUGACUUUGUCAAGGCUGACUUCAUGAAAAUGCCAUUUCCUGACAAUAGUUAUGAUGCAGUAUAUGGAAUUGAGGCCACUUGUCAUGCACCAGAUGCAUAUGGAUGCUACAAAGAAAUAUACAGAGUACUAAAGCCUGGCCACUAUUUUGCUGCAUAUGAGUGGUGCACGACCGAUUCUUUCAAUCCCAAUAACCGAGAACAUCAAAAAAUAAAGGCAGACAUCGAGAUUGGUGAUGGCCUUCCGGACAUCAGGACGACAGGAAAAUGCCUUGAAGCUCUGAAGCAAGCAGAUUUUGAGCUUAUAUGGGAGAAAGAUAUCGCCCUGGACUCACCUCUCCCCUGGUACUUGCCUCUGGAUAAAAAUCACUUCUCACUGACUAAUUUCCCUGCAACUUCGGUUGGGCGUUUCGUUACAAGAAACAUGGUCAGGAUCCUGGAAUUUGUGGGACUUGCCCCUAAGGGAAGUCAACGUGUUCAAAUUUUUCUAGAGCAGGCUGCAGAUGGUCUAGCUGAAGGUGGAAGGAAAGGGAUUUUCACACCAAUGUACUUCUUUCUGGCCCGGAAGCCGCUUUCAGAGGAUCGCUAAUUUGGCAGUGUAAACCAAUAAACCAGACAGCAAGAGUCAUCAUGGAAUUAUAAACAAGUUUAAGCGUAUGCUAAGAGUUGCAAGUAGCUUGUCUCUGUUCGAUCAGUUUCCUUUACGUGUGGUGCUAUUUCUACAAUAAGUCUGAGGAAUGUUGUUAACUUUGGCUGCAUUGGGACAUUGUCUCUUUUACUCACCUAACUAUGAAUAAAACUUCCUCCCCUGAUUUGUGUGCA